GCCGUGACGUCAGAGCCAAUGGCGGCGGGCGCGGCGCUGGAACCCUGGCGGGUGGCGACCCCGCGGAAGAGGCGCUCGGCGGCGGCAAGGCGGCCGCGGCGGAGGGAGGCGGAGGCCGGCGGCCGGGAGGCAGAGCCCGAGGCGGACAGCGGAGCUGUGCUGCGUCGGCUCCGGGCGGCCGAAGAGGAGCUGCGGAUCUCUGAUUUCUGGAAUUUGGCCUUUGAAACCAUCAACCAGUGUCUUAUAGAACAGCUGGGACAACUGAAGGCCUCUGUGGGGACCCUCUCAGAAGCCCUUGGAAACCUGCAUCUCACCUCGCCAGCUGAGCUGGACGCGGCCCCUGACCCCAGCCCGGGAGAGGCCCUGGCCCGGGGAGCCUGCCACGUCAAGUGUGUGUGUUACGGCAUUGGCAACUUCGCCAGCUGCGCCACAGCUAGAACCCAGCUGGCGUUUUUGCUUCUGUUCCUGGAAAGGUGCCAGAUCCCCAGAAGUCACUGCUGGGUCUAUGACCCUCUGUUCAGCCAGCUUGAAAUUGCUGUUCUUCACUCCCUUGGCGUGACUGUUCUCAGCGAGAACGAGGAAGGAAAGCGGAGUGUCCGCGGGCAGCCCACGGUCUUCUACAUGCUCCACUGUGGGACGGCCUUGUACAACAACCUUUUAUGGAGCAACUGGUCAGCAGAUGCCCUUUCCAAGAUGGUCAUCAUCGGGAACAGUUUCAAAGGCCUGGAGGAAAGGUUGUUGACGAGGAUUCUGCAGAAAAACUACCCUUACAUUGCAAAGGUUCUGGAAGGGCUGGAGGAGCGCCCGCUUCCUCAGACUCCCCAGUACGUGGACACCUUUAACGACACGUCUGUUCACUGGUUCCCUACCCAAAAGCUGGGACGGCUCUCCAGGGACGUGUGGACAUUUCGGGAAGAACCAGAGUAUCAGGGCUGCGAGGACCUCGAGAUCAUCAGGAGGAAGGCGGCAGAGCUGCCACUGACCUGAGCACACUAGAGCGCAUCAGGCUGCCAUCCUGUUUGGAGGGUGACAUGCAGCCUGAGAACUCGGUGGAGGGACAGAAGCACUGUGACAGCCGUGCGGUGCUGCACACCUGUUAUCCCAGGGGCUCGGGAGGCUGAGGCAGGAGGAUCGCACGUUCGAGGCCAGCCUGGGCAACUCAGCAAGGCCCUGAGCGACUCAGAGACCCUGUCUCUAAUAAAACAUUAAAAAG